GUUCACCAUCAUCGUCGCGAUGGCGAACGAUCACAGCGACUGCGUUCACGCUCGGCGAGAUCUGACCAGUGAGGAUAAGAGAUAUGCAGAGGCACAUUUGAACGAGACCGACGAGACUAGAGAGAGUGCCAUCGCGGAAAUGAGGCACUGGCUCGAGGAGUAUGACAACUCGCUCGCGCAAAUCGAUGACUUCUUUAUCCUGCGAUUUUUGAGAGUCUGCAAGUUUAAUCUGGAGAAAACUAAAAUCAGGAUGCAAAACUAUUACCAGCAGAAAUCCCGCUUACCAGAAUGGUACAUGAAUAAAGAUCCGUGUCGUCCAGAACUGCAGGAAUUGCUUGAUAUGGGGGUGUUUUUGCCUCUGCGAAAGCCAGAUGGUCAAGGAAGAUUAGUUAUUGUGGUGUGCAGCGCUCGACAUGAUCCAAAAAAACACGAACUAGCAGACAUAUUUACGAUCGGUAUUAUGGCGGUAGAGCUGGCGAUGAGGUAUUAUCCCGCAGCAUCCCUGUACGGCUGCUCAGUUUUUAUAAACAUGGCCGAUCUAACUAUGGGCCAUAUUCUCCAAUUGCGACCUCAACUAAUAAUGAAUCUGGUACACACGUGGCAAAGCUGUUAUCCUAUAAGGAUGCAAUCGAUAACCAUGUUCAAUGUGGCCGAAUAUAUCAAUGCUAUUGUAAGGAUUUUCAGAUCUUUUAUGACGGAGAAGAUGAAGAACAGAUUUCAUAUCUACUCACACAGCACAACACAGAACUUUUUUGAGGAUAUUCCAGCUAACAUCUUGCCCGUCGAAUACGGCGGCACUGAUGGUACGGUCCAGGAAUUAGCAGAAUAUUGGAAGAAAUUAAUCAUGGAAAACCGCGAUUGGCUCAUGGAUGAUGAGAACGACAACAUAAUAUUGAAGCACACGGAAGAAACUGAUAUAGUUGAUUCAACAAAUCUAUAGUUUGCUGAACAAAAUUAAACGUUUUAAAGAAGUAAAUUUGCUAAUGCAGCAAAGAAGUCGUGUGUAAGAGCAAUCGUUACUUUGUUCAUAAAACAAAUCGAUUUUCGCUGAAA